AUGUGUGGGUUUGAAUUUGACAUGCAGUUUAGCUGGAUUCCAAUGCCGCCGGUGGAUGGCAUCAAAAGGAAAACGCUCGCAGAACCUGUCGCAACCCCAACCCAUUUGGGUUGCUGCCUGGCAACGUCAAAGAGAAACUUUGAAAAACUUGGUAUGUACGACCCAAAAUUGGAAAUAUGGGGAUGCGAAAAUCUUGAACUAUCUUUCAAGGCCUGGAUGUGCGGAGGCCGAAUGGAGGUAAUCCCUUGCUCACAUAUUGCUCAUAUGUUCAAGCAUCAUGGUUCAUAUAAAUGGGUAGGCAGGCCAUAUAUACUUGAGAGAAACUGUUUCCGAGUGGCUGAAGUAUGGAUGGACCAGUAUAAAGUUUUUUAUCAUCACAGACUUUCCGAUUUUCAG